AUGUUGUCGAUUGCUGGUGCGCUGCAAAACUUCGUCCGCAAUACCGGUAUCGCCGCUAUUAGCUCCGAGCUGCGCAGACUCUCGGCCGCGUCCGACACCUUUAACCGCGACGCUCGCCCCAUCCUAGCCGCGCUCGAGAGCUGCGCUGCAUGGUGGGCCCAGCUCCGCGCUGAUACGGCCAGCAUCACCCAGCUUGCCAACUCGACCCGCACUGCCGCCACCGAGUGGCAUGACCGCGCCUCUUUGCUCGAGCUCCAGGCACUGCACGACGUCAUCCAGAAGUUGCCGCUUCCGUCUGACGCGCGUGCCGCUUCCCGCCUUGCUGCUGCCACUGACGAGCUGGCGACCAAGCACGAGGCGGCGCAGCACCUGGGCGAACUACUCGCCGACGUCAUUGCCGACCUCGACCGCGCCGCCAACGAGCUCCGAACCGACUUUAUCACCCUGUGUACCGCGGCCUCCAACAUCAUCGAGUGCAUGAUCCAUGGGCGGCCGAUCGUUGACGGGGCGCGCAAGCUGUCGGUGGCGAUGGAGACAUUGACGGCUGCCGUCGGCGAGUACGCUGUACUCCACGACAUGCCUGCUGUUGCGUUUCGAACAAUUGCCAAGGUCGCUACCGAGAAGCAAGUCUACCUCCCAGCUCCUGCUUGCUCGACCACGCCUGCGUCGGGCCUCGCCGCUGCGCGCGCCUUUGCAUCGCAGCUGCCUGCCACCUACGCAGGCAGUUUGGUUGUGACCGACUCGAUCAUCGCCGCAGCUGCCGCGCUCAUAGCCUCCUCCGACGCGCCUUCUAGCAGCGAGAGCAUCGACAGGCCAGAGCCCGAGCCUGCGGCCGAGGCGGGUGUUGGAGACGAUGACACCGCGCUUGAUUCAAUGUGA